AUGUCAGAGGCAGAGCGUACAACCGAAGGCAAACCUGAUGUUGAAUAUCUGGACUCGCCUGAUAAAUCAGAGUAUGAUAAGGCUGAAUAUAGAGUCAUUAGACUACAAAAUGGUUUAACAGCUUUGUUAAUAUCUGAUCUGGGAGGAGCGCAUUAUGACGAUAUGAGUUGCAAAGAUUAUGAAGAAGGUAGUUCUUCAACUAAACGAGUUAAAAGAGACGUAUGGAAGGCAUUUUGUGGCUUAUGUGUGGGAGUAGGCAGUUUUAGUGAUCCACCGGAAGUUCCAGGCCUGGCACAUUUCCUUCAGCGCGUGGUUUUCAUGGGAUCCAAAAAAUAUCCAAAAGAAAAUGAUUUUAAUGAAUUUAUCAGUCUCCAUGGUGGCACUACUAAUGGCGCAACGGAUUGCGAGCAUACAAGAUUUUACUUUGAUAUCUCAGAAAAACAUUUGUUUGCAGCUCUUGAUCGUUUUGUUCAAUUUUUUAUUGAACCCUUGAUGAAGAAAGAUGUUAUCGCGAGGGAGCGAGAGAUCAUACAAGGAGAGUUUCAGUGGGGUUUAUAUUGCGAUAAAAAUAGAAAGGAACAAAUAUUGUCUUUUAUUGCUCGAACUGGUCAUCCAUCCAGUAAGUUUCUUCGACGCACUUCAAUAGCAUUACACAAUGAUAUAGAUGAUGACAAGUUAUAUGAAGAGCUGCACAAAUUCAGAGAGCGCCAUUAUAGCGCUCAUAGAAUGAUGCUAGCUAUACAGGCGAGAUUACCGUUAGAUACAUUGAAAACGUAUGUCAUAACCUGCUUUGGUAAUAUACUAAGUAAUUGGUUGCCUUCCGAUAACUUUACUGAAUUUAGAGAAGGCAUUUCUUUUGAUACAGUCGCUUUCAAAAAAAUGUAUAAAGUUAAACCCGUCAAAGAUAUCAGUCAACUACAUGUAACAUGGGCUUUGCCUUCAAUACUUAAUUUAUACAGAAGUAAACCAUAUAAAUAUAUUUCAUUGAUUAUUGAGCAUAAAGGAAAUGGAUCUUUAACUCAUUACCUACGUAAAAAAAUGUGGGCCCUUAAUUUGUUCUGUGGUAACUGUGAUAAUGAUAAUAGUUUCGGAUACAAUUCUAUGUAUGCUUUAUUCGAGAUUAUAGUAGAACUCACCCAGGAGGGACUAAAACAUCAGCAAGAUAUUCUAGAAGCAAUAUUUUCCUUUAUAAAAUUAGUAAAAAGAAUGGGUCCUCAAGAAAGUAUUUAUAAUGAGAUUUAUAAGAUUAGAAACGAUAACUUUAGAGCUUUUUUUAGAUAUUUUAGUAAGCACGAUGUGUUUGAUUUAUGUAAGAAUAUGCAUUUCUAUACGUCGCGUGAUUAUAUAACUGGAAAGCAUAAUUAUUUCGAGUAUAACCCAGAAGCAAUACAAAAAUGUUUAGAUUUUUUGGUGCCAGAGACGGCGAAUAUCAUAGUUUUCAACAAUGAUUUUGCAUUAAAUAUAGUCGAGCCGUAUUUCAAAAUUAAUUAUACAGAUAUCGCGUUACAAAAGGACUGGAAAUUUAUCAAGCCAUUGACUUAUUUCCGUUUACCAUCACGCAAUGAAUUCCUUACCAAUAAUUUCUCUACCAUACCGAUAUCAGCAGAAACUUCGAAAUAUCCCGUAAAAAUACACCAAGAUCUUAUAUCGGAGAUUUGGUGUUGCCCAAAGUUUUAUUGGCCGAUGUGUUAUAUAAAUCUUCAUAUAAUUCUUCCUCAAAUGUUCCUAACAUCAAACACUGCUAUUCUCUUGGAUAUGUACUGCACUGUAUUAAAAUAUCUAUUGAAUGAAAAAUUACAUUCGGCUGUAACGGCUGGAUUUAAUUAUACUAUCAAUGUCAGUAAGGAAACUAUAGGUAUUAUAAUACAAUUGAGCGGUUUUGACGAAAAACUGUCAACCUUGUUGAUGAUUAUUGCAAACGAUAUGGUGCAUUUAGGAGAAUUUGUUUCGAAGGAUUUAUUUGAAAUUAUUAAAACGCAUCAGCUCAAGACAUAUUACAACAAAUUUUUGAAACCUGAGGAAUUCAUCGAGAAUGUGGAAUUAUGGAUACUGAAGUACCCCUACUAUCCACACGUUCACAAGUAUAAUUACCUAAAUAAAUUAAUUAAUUUUAAAAACUUCCAAAGCUAUGCAAUGUUGUUCACCAAUACUCUGUACUUUCAAUGUCUUGUGCAAGGCAACGUAACAAAAGAUUUUACGAUCAAAAUUAUACAACGAUUUAUCAACAAAAUUAAUUGUCGUCCCUUGCGUAAUACUAAUAAGCUAGAGCCUAUUGGAAUCACUAAAAUACCCCAAGGCACAUCUUACUACAAGUUGAAAAAUAUUAAUCGAACUAAUGUAAACUCAGUAGUGACAAAUUAUUAUCAAGUUGAUAUUGCUACAAUUGAAUUAUCAGUGUUAAUCCAAUUGAUGCUCAUGAUAAUAAAAGAACCAUUAAUGAAUCAUCUACGAACUCAAGAAAAGCUUAGUUAUGUUUCGUGCAAUCUUAAAGAUAUCAACGGAAUGUUAGGAUAUUCUAUUACUGUUUAUACUCAGACAAAUAAGUACCCAACCGAAUAUAUUGAUCUAGUGAUCGAGAGAUUUCUGAAUUCGUUCAAAAUCAUAUUGGAACAGUUUUCAGAAAAAAAAUUAGAUGAUAUCAAAGAAGGGCUGAGAAUUUUAAAGCAACAUGAUGCCGAGAUUCUUAAAAACGAAAUUAACAGAAAUUGGAGUGAGAUCACAAAGCGGCAAUUUAUGUUUGACAGAUGUGAAAAGGAAGCGCUUGCAAUAGAGAAUCUAAAUAUCAAUAAGCUAAGAGAAUGGUUUGGAAGACAUACACUAAACGGAAAUAAUUUCAGAAAAUUGAGCAUACAUGUGGUAGGAAUUGAUCCGAAGGAAAUUGCUGUCAAUGCAGAGAAUCGUCGGCAUAAUGAGUACUUUCUUACGGAAUUUAUAAUUGACGAUUCACAGCACAAAAUUGUUCAUAUUACUGACAUAAAUAAGUACAAAAAUAAUCGCCUCGUCUAUCCAUAUAAUAACUGA